UCCUGUUCGCUCUUUUAAAGGCACAACACUGUGUUGAGAACAACAAAAAAACUGCUUCUGCCUUUUGGAACAGUGCCAUUAUUUGGUGUGAACAUGAAUCCUGAAUACGACUACCUAUUCAAGCUUCUGCUGAUUGGAGACUCUGGCGUGGGGAAGUCAUGUCUGCUGUUGCGUUUUGCUGACGACACCUAUACUGAAAGCUACAUCAGCACGAUAGGGGUUGACUUCAAAAUCAGGACUAUUGAAAUGGACAGCAAGAUAGUUAAACUGCAAAUUUGGGAUACAGCUGGCCAGGAGAGAUUUCGCACUAUUACCUCCAGCUAUUACAGAGGUGCCCAUGGGAUUAUCAUUGUAUAUGAUGUUACUGACCAGGAGUCCUUCAACAAUGUGAAGCAAUGGUUGGAGGAGAUUGAUCGCUAUGCAUGUGAAAAUGUCUCGAAGUUGCUGGUGGGGAACAAAAGUGAUUUAACAUCAAAAAAGGUGGUGGACUUCACGACAGCAAAGGAAUUUGCUGAGACACUUAAAAUCCCAUUCCUUGAGACAAGUGCAAAGAAUGCAAGCAAUGUGGAGAAGGCAUUUUUAACAAUGGCCUCUGAAAUCCAGAAGCGAGUCGUGGAAGACAGCAUUCAGAACGAGACAGUCAAAGUGGGAAAAAUCAAUAGUGCUCCUCUGUGGCAUGGAGCUCAGAAAGCAACGGCUGAGGAGGUCAACACCUGCUGUUAGUGCUAAUAGACUUAACAUGGAGUAUGUUCAGGGGAUUUGCAUAUUUAAAAAGAAUAUUUUGUGGACUAAUGGUAUUUCACAGUUUAUAUUGACUGAUGUUUUAUGUCUCAUUAUGGACGAAUAUGCUAUAAACCUCCUCACUGUGUUGCAUAUUGUUUUAAAGUGUCAGAUUAAUCAAGUAUAGUAACAAUGGUGGGUCAAUGAGGGACACAGUUAUUUAGCAAAAACAUUAUUUUAAAGAGUGAAAUAUUAGUUUAUUGUUUAUAAAUAACUAAAACACUAGUUAGGUAUAGUAUUCAGUAAUAUCAGUUAGGUAUAUUACGAGGCAUGGUAGUGAGAAAACCCAUAUUAGAUUAUUCUAAUGGAUUUGGACAUUUAAUAUAUAUAUUUACCCCCUUACUCUAGAUCCCUGUAACAUCUUAAACUGCGAGGUCCCAUCAGCAGGUCCAGAUUUCUAUUCCACACUCUCAUAGCUACAUACAUUUUCUAUUAGUUUCACUGUAGUCAAUGAAUAAUGUUUUAUUUAUGAUACUGUAAAUAACCAAGACUUUGAGGUUAAAUAAGAAAUGGUGAUUUUGAGUCCAAAGUCUACUAGUGGUUUUUAUAAUAAAAACAAAUUUUGCAUUUGUCAGUAUAAGCAGUGUAAAAUACCAUUCAUCAGAAUGAGAACCAAACAGAACAAUAACACAUUUUAGAAAGAACAAGACGAUCCUCUGAUCACGUGGGCCACUGUAAUGUAUAUUAGAGCAAUGUACUUUUUUUUCUACAAAAUAUUCUAAUCUUCAAAAGAUUGAUAGGGUUAUGUGGGGAUACUUAAGUAGAUAUUUUGUGAUUUGUCUCGUAUUGGAUAACCCAAAAAUAAUAAUAAAUUUAAUAAAAAUGAAUGAUUGUUCUGGACAUUCAUUUUUUGCUACCAGAUUUGAGCCUAGUAAGAGGCAAACAAACAAAAAAUGUAAGAUGCACAAAGUUGUGUUGCUCUGAAUUUUUUUUUUCCUUUUCCAGUGGUUGAGUUCACAAUUCACACAGAACUCCUGAUA